CGUUUUCCUCUGCUUGCUCCUGCCGUUUCUGCUUAGCGCGGGGGGUCUCGCUUCCUUCGACAUCGACGGAGAGCAGGGAAAUAGUCAAUGCAGAGAAGCUCGGCUAGGUCGGAAAUCGGAAUCGGAAUCGGAAUCGAGAAGCUGAGCGACGAGAAGUACACGGUGGCUGGGAAAUGCGAUUCCUAUUCUGCACCAUUUCCGAAACCAAGUCGUGGAUCUUCUCGUGAGCUCUGAAUCGAGAUCAUUUCUAUCAAAUGGAAGGAGUAAGGGAUUCUGUUGUCAAGAAAUCUAAAAGAUUGACAUCUGUUGUAUGGAAUCACUUUGAACGGGUAAGGAAGGCUGACACAUGCUAUGCUGUUUGUGUGCAUUGUAACAAGAAACUUAGUGGAUCGAGUAAUAGCGGAACUACGCAUCUCAGAAAUCACUUAAUGCGAUGUUUGAAGAGAUCCAAUUAUGAUGUAACGCACCUAUUUGAGGCAAAGAGAAGGAAAAAGGAACCCUCGUUUGCUGUUACAGAUGUCAAUCCGGUGGUACAAAGACCGGAUGCGUACAUCAACACUCCAGUAGUAAAGUUCGAUCAGGAGCUAAGAAAACACGGAGUUCUGAACGUGGGAAGUAGUAGUAGGUUCAGUCAACAGCGUAGUCAGCUUGAUCUUACCUGCAUGAUUCUAUUACAUGGUUACCCGUUGACCAUGAUUGACCAUUCCGGAUUCAGAGUUUUUUUGAAGAAUCUUCAGCCUUUGUUUGAGGCUGUACCAAAUGCUUCUGUUGAAUCCUCUUGCGUGCAAAUCUAUGAGAAAGAGAAGCAGAGAGUGCGUGAAAUGUUAAGCAGAUUGAAUGGCAGAAUAAACCUUGCAGUUGAAAAGUGGAGUUGUCCGGACAAUAAUCAAUACUUGUGUUUGACAGCACAGUUCAUUGAUGAGAUUUGGAAACUGCAGAAGAAAGUUCUAAACUUUGUGACUUUAGAAACCUCUCAGACUGAAGAUAUGCUUUCUGAAGUGAUUAUUAAGUGCCUGUUGGAGUGGGGUAUUGAGUGCAAGUUGUUUGCUAUGACAUUUGAUGAUUGCUCCAUAGAUGAUCAUAUUAUUGUGAGAAUAAAGAACCGGAUUUCUGAAACCAGGCCCCUUUUGAGUAAUGGCCGACUAUUCGAUAUCAGGUCUGCUGCUCAUGUAGUAAAUUUGAUGGUUCAAGACGCCAUAGAAGCACUAGGAGAGGUGAACCAGAAGAUUCGAGAAAGUGUAAGAUAUGUCAAAAGUUCAAGAGAAAUCCAGCUCAAGUUCAACGAGAUUGUUCAGCAAGUUGGUAUGGAUGGUCAGAAAAACUUAGUUCUUGAUGCCCCAUCGCGGUGGAACUCGACAUACUUUAUGCUCGAGACAGCCCUAGAAUACAAGACUUCAUUUUGCUUCUUGCAACAACAUGACCCAGGCUACACUACAGUUUUAACGGAGACUGAAUGGGAAUGGGCGAGUUCUAUUACUGGUUAUUUGAAACUGUUUGUGGAGAUUACCAAUGUUUUCUCUGGAAGCAAACCUCUGACAGCCAACAUGUAUUUCCCCGAGAUAUGUGAUGUUCACAUCCAACUAAUUGAAUGGUGCAAAAAUUCAGAUGGCUAUCUUAGUUGCAUUGCUUCUAAGAUGAAAGCCAAGUUUGAUAGGUACUGGAGCAAAUGCAGUUUGGCUUUGGCAGUUGCUGCAAUCUUAGACCCUCGGUUCAAGAUGAAACUGGUGGAGUACUAUUACUCUCAGAUUUAUGGUAGCACAGCCCUGGAUCGAAUCAAGGAGGUCGCGGAUGGUAUAAGGGAACUUUUUAAUGCAUACUCUAUCUGUUCAACAUUGGUUGACCAAGGCUCAACUCUUCCUGGAAGUAGCAUGCCAGGCACUUGCACCAAUAUUAGCAGAGAUAGAUUAAAGGGCUUUGACGAAUACCUGCAUGAGACGUCUCAAAGCCAGAGUUCUGUAUCCGACCUGGACAAAUAUUUAGAAGAACCGGUGAUUCCUCGUAACCAUGAUUUCAACAUUUUGAACUGGUGGAUGGCCCAUACACCAAGAUACCCUAUCUUGUCUAUGAUGGCAAGGGAUGUUCUGGGCACUCCAAUGUCAAAUGUCUCACCCGACAUGGUGUUCAGCACCGAAAGAAGGAUGCUCGAUGGUUACAGAAGCUCGCUAAGUGCAGACACUCUGCAGGCUUUGAUAUGUGCUCGUGAUUGGUUGCAUAUUGAACCAGAAAUCACGCGUCGUCCUCUUCCCUCGCUGUCUGCAUUGAAUCAAGCUAAUCAGUCGGCAGUAUGCUUCCUCCUGCGCUCUCUUCCUCUUGUGUAUGGUAAAGAAAUUGCUGUGAGCUGACAACAUCUGAUUGGUCUUCUAGGCAUCCUACAUCCUUUUCAAAUAUGUGUAUUCAUGUCCAUAUUCAAUAAACCAAAGCUUCCUAGAUGAGUCGUUUCUUCUUCUGUAUCAGAUGCUUGAAAGUAUUGUUAGUUUUAAAGCUGUUCCCCUCGCUUUAGGCAUGUAAAUAAAGAACCUUUUUAGGUCACUUGAAUUGCCUUUUGCAUCUAUUCUUCUUUUCUCGCUUUGCUCCUGUUCUUGUACAUUUGACGCGAAAGAGAUCCAUUGAGCAUUGGGAGAGGGUCUUUUAUUUUAUACUUUUGAUCUAAAAAAGGAACCUUUGGAAAAGGUGUCCUGUUUUGUUUUCUUUUUCGCUUGAGUUGGC